UGUGAAGAUUGUUGCAAAGCACCGUCGUCUGCCGCAAAAGAUUGAGAGGAACGUGUUCGUAGUUUUUUCUCCGAUUUUAGUGCGAAUUUGUUUGAAAAAUGCUUUCCAGCUUGUCGAAAGCGUUUUCGGGAGUAACGUUGUGUUCAGCAACCAAUGUCCUCAGUCAGCAAACGCGGAACACAUUCAUCCUGAAGCGUCGUAAUCCGCCGAAGCUGUACAAGAAGAACCAGAAACCGGACAAACUGCGCGGCCGGCACUUUGUGUACGACCUGGUCGAAGACACCACGGUCAAGAAGAAGCCCAACCUGGAAGUGGUUCUGACCAGCUUUGUCGAGGGAAUCGGUUCCAAGGGGGACGUCGUCUCGCUCAAGCCGCACGUCGCCUACAACAAGCUGCUGCUGCCGGGGUUGGCCGUGUACAAAACGCCCGAAGCGGUCGCCAAGUAUGCCUCGUCCCAGGACGAAAAGGAAAAGGAGCUGCACAGCUCGGCGUACGCUCAGCGGACCGUUAACAAACUGCAAGAGAUAGUGCUGGCGGUCGUGAUGAACAAGGAUCAACCCUGGGUCAUCGAACGGUGGCACAUCAAGGCCUCGCUCCGUAAGGCUGGUUUUUACGUUCCCGAGGACGCAAUCACCCUACCGGAAACGCCCAUCGCCGGACCGGAUCUGAUGAAGCAGGGCAAGGAAUUCUACUGUACGAUCACAAUCAACAAUCUGGAGAAAGCUCGGCUGCGCUGCCGGAUUCACCAUUGGAGCACUGAACCCAGCGAACGGUUGCCGUACGUGUUCGAGCAUUGGAAGAUGGAAGCGGAACCGCUGUUCGGAGACUCCACGGCUCCAGAACCAAGGAAGGAAUAAGGGCUGUGGACUAUCGUUACUAGGAAAUAUAUGAAAACCAUUUAGAUUUGA